AGCAACAGGCGGGUGAACCGUUUCCAAAGCAAGCGCCCCCUGCGGUCCGUUGGUGACGUCACGCCGUCGCCUCCGUGUUUAUGUGGCGUUAACGGAGCCGCUGCUAACUAGCAUCCAGACCCGUUCUCGCCAACAUGCUGUGAUUCCACAGCUCGCAGGUUUGAAGGGCUGUGAUGGCAGUGUGUGCACUGACCAUGUUGGAUGGGAUGGAGAAUGAGGUCACAGCGGCUGGGGGCGUCUUGCUCCUGGUCCUGGCUCUUGUCCUGGCCUGGCUCUCCACUCACGUAGCUGAUCGCGGAGACCACAUACUGGGUACCAUCCUCACCGUGGGCGCCCACGCCUCCCUGUUUGGACUGGGAGGCCAUGAUAGUUACAGCAGAGGCCCUUCCAUUGUUGACACCCCUGAACAGCAGACUCCUCCACCCUCGCAGGAGAUCAAGCCAGAUGAUGGCGAGUCUGGGACUGAGCAGGCCGAGGGGGGGGGAGCUGAGGAGGUUAGGACGGACCUCCUGCUGGACAUACAAAGCAAACAACCACAGGCUGAAAGGCUGCAUACCUCUGACGAGGAGGAUGAGGAGGAUGCUGAUGAUGAGGAAGAGCUGGAGGAAGAGGAUAAAAGGGUUAUAGGGCACAUCCCAGUUUUGACCAGUCCCGUCUAUCUCCCCACUACCAGUAAAACCUCCAUUACUGUCCGUCUGAAGUUUUUAAACGAAACAGAGGAAGUAGCUGUUGUAGAGCCACAGGACACGGUGGGAGAGUUGAAAAGCAAAUACUUCUCAGGUCGAGAGCAGCAAAUAAAACUGAUCUACCAAGGACAGUUGCUCCAGGAUCCCAAGAAGACAAUGACGUCCCUGAACAUCACACACAACAGCGUGAUCCAUUGCCACAUCUCCCAGGCCCUGCACGAGGCGAGUCCAGAGGACGGGGACCAGACCGCGACUGGGGCAGGACCUGGGUCGGGGGUCUCUGGAGGGUUCAGGGCUGCGGGCGUCGCCAUUAGCACCAGCAGCCUGGUGGUGCCCGUGUUCGUGGUGAUACUGGCGGUGGUGUGGUACUUCCGCAUCAACUACAGGCAGUUCUUCACCGCCCCUGCAACCAUCUCCCUGGUGGGAGUCACCGUGUUCUUCAGCUUUCUGAUAUUUGGGAUGCACAGCCGCUGAGAAAGCAGAGUAAGAGAUAAAGUGGUGGGAGAGCAGCUGAGGACUAAGAGACUAAUGGAAAUGGGCCUGGGAUUGGAUUCCUGCAGAGCGUGUAUGAAAUAAUGAACCAUUGAAUGACUUGCUGCUCAAACUGAACCUUUUUGGCUUCUUGACUUAGCAGCCUACACUAUAUUUGACACAACGCUUUAUCUUGUCUACUUUUUUUGUGUUAACUGUUAAUGAAAACGCACCUUUGUUUUCGGACGUCAGUGAUUGUUAGUUUUUUUUUUAAUGAAUAUAAAACCGUUUGGCAUCACUCACUGUCGUACUGUGCGUGUGCCUGUGAACCUUUAUUUUGUUAUCUGAAUGACUCAGGCUCCGUGUUUGCAGAUUUAAACAGUACAGUGUUUUACUGCGAGGCCAAAAAUGUUGCUGUGUAAAAACAGGCUAACUUAAAUAUGUGAUAGACUUAAAACAUUUUGAUAUUGUAAAUAUACUGUGUAUUUUCUGUAAAUAAAAGGAGAGUGGAUCAGGUGAAGCUUCAUCUGGCACUUGAUCACGUGGA